UAUAUAUAUACACAUAUGUAAAAUAUGUUAUAGUAUAGCUACUGCUCAGACUGCUACAGCUACUGCUGCAUAUCUGGCAGGAUGUCACAUGUUCUUUCUUUCGUCUACUCGGCGACAGUAUGCUUUAAGCCUAAACAGCCCAACCUCGAUCUCGCGCAGCUCCUCCCCCCAGCUGUAUGUCUGUGUCACCCUACCGCUAUCUCUUCUUUUCUUCCUUCCUCUUGCCGCUUGAUGGAUCAUGCAUGCCCUCUCUUUGUUGUGGCUGGGCUAAAGAGAAAAAUUUGAAGGAAAAAAAAAAAAAAAAAAAAAAAAAGGAGGAUUGGAAAAAGAUCAGAGGCUAUCCACAGAGGCGUGGGAUGGAAAAGCAUACGGGUUCUUUGUGUACAAACCCUCAUCAUCUGAAUAUUUGGAAGGCCCAAGAGCUUUACUAUCUAAGAAUGCAAAGGGGCAGAGAAAGGAUGGAGAGAGAAAAGGUGUCAGAGCUGAAUCAGUGUAAGAGGAGGUUGAGAGUGUGCGUGGCGACAUGCAACAGAGCGGACUACUCCAAGCUGGCCCCCAUCAUGUUUGGGAUCAAAUCCCAUCCUGACGAGUUUGAACUGGAAGUCGUGGUGCUUGGUUCACAUCUUAUUGAUGACUACGGGAACACUUUUCGGAUGAUCGAGCAGGAUGACUUUGACAUCGGCUCCAAGCUGCACACCAUUGUGCGAGGAGAGGAUGAGGCGGCCAUGGUGGAGAGCGUUGGGCUGGCCCUGGUGAAACUCCCUGAUGUCCUGCAGAGGCUGCACCCUGACAUCCUGGUCGUCCAUGGUGACCGCUUUGAUGCACUCGCCCUGGCUACGGCUGCAGCGCUGAUGAACAUAAGAAUACUUCACUUGGAGGGGGGAGAGGUGAGUGGUACAAUUGAUGACUCGAUUCGCCACGCCAUCAGUAAACUGGCCCAUUACCACGCCUGCUGCACACGCAGGGCAGAGCAGUACCUCAUCGCCAUGUGCGAGGACCAUUCCCGCAUCUUGCUGGCUGGGUGCCCUUCAUAUGAUAAGCUGCUGUCAACUCACCACAGAGAAGACUAUAAGGAUAUUAUUAAGGCCUGGCUGGGUGACAAGGUGCAGGAGCAAGACUAUAUUGUGGCUUUGCAGCACCCUGUCACCACAGACAUCCAGCACUCCAUUAAGAUCUAUGGGCUGAUGCUGGAUGCCCUACUCUCCUUUAACAAGACGACCCUCAUUCUCUUCCCUAACAUUGAUGCCGGUAGUAAGGAGAUGGUGCGCGUAAUGCGGAAAAAGGGCAUCGAGCAGCACCCCAAUUUCCGAGCAGUGAAGCACAUUCCCUUUGAGCAGUUCAUCCAGCUGGUCUGCCACGCCGGCUGCAUGAUCGGAAACAGCAGCUGUGGAGUGCGAGAGGCAGGGGCCUUCGGCACGCCCGUCAUUAACCUGGGAACAAGGCAAACUGGCAGAGAGACAGGCGAAAAUGUUCUACAUGUGAGAGAUGCUGAUACUCACAAUAAGAUCUACCACGCUCUGGAGUUGCAGUUUGGAAAGAGAUACCCCUGCUCUAAGAUUUAUGGUGAUGGCAACGCAGUGCCUCGUAUUCUCAAGUUUCUGCGUACCAUUGACCUGGAUGAGCCCCUCCAGAAGACCUUCUGUUUCCCCACGGUGAAAGACUCCAUCUCUCAGGACAUUGAUCACAUCCUGGAGACACAGAGCGCUAUGUCCAUCGACCUGGGAGGAACCAACCUCAGAGUGGCUAUCGUCUGCAUGAAGGGUAAGAUAGUAAAGAAGUACACUCAGCCCAAUCCAAAGACCUUCGAGGCCAGGAUGCAGCUCAUAUUAAAGAUGUGUAGCGAUGCCAUGCGGGACGCUGUCUCCUUCAACUGCAGAAUACUCGGUGUCGGAGUGUCCACGGGCGGGCGUGUAAACCCACAAGAAGGUGUGGUCCUACACUCGACAAAGCUGAUCAAGGAAUGGUCCUCAGUGGACCUGAGAACACCCAUCUCCGACGCCCUGCACCUACCCGUCUGGGUCGACAACGACGGCAACUGCGCUGCGUUGGCCGAGAAGAAGUUCGGUCAUGGCAAAGGAGUGGAAAACUUUGUGACGGUCAUUACAGGAACAGGUAUUGGAGGAGGGAUUAUCCAUCACAGUGAGCUGGUCCAUGGCAGUACCUUCUGUGCUGCAGAGCUGGGUCACAUCAUGGUUUCAUUAGAGGGCCCAGAGUGUUCAUGUGGCAGCCGCGGAUGCAUAGAGGCCUAUGCGUCCGGCAUGGCCCUGCAGAGAGAGGCCAAAAGGCUGCAUGACGAGGACCUGCUGAAGGUGGAGGGGAUGGAUAUGAAGCUUUCAGAGCCAAUCACAGCUGCCCACCUCAUCAAUGCAGCCAGACUGGGGAACUCCAAAGCUGAUGCCAUUCUGAACAAGGCUUCCACAGCUCUCGGUGUGGGCAUCAUCAACAUCCUCCACAUAGUGAACCCCUCACUGGUGAUUCUGUCUGGAGUCUUGGCCUCUUACUACCAAACGCCAGUGCAGCACAUCAUCAAAGAGAGAGCGCUCUUCUCUGCCCAGAGCAUCAAAGUUGUCACAUCAGACUUGGAGGAACCUGCAUUACUUGGAGCUGCUAGCAUGGUGUUAGACUAUACAACUAGAAGGACAUAUUAAAGGAUAUAGCCCUGAUUUACCAUGGACCCUACCAACAACAUGACUGCAAAACUGAAGUGCCCAGAUAGAUACAUCAGCAUAUCUAAGGCAUACAUUUCUAAGACUAAAAGACAAUGUGUUAAAACCAUCAUUUCAAUGUUUAAGAUGAGAUGAGGCAAAUAUAAAAUAUAUAUACACAUACAUACACACACACACACACAGUGGGGAGAACAAGUAUUUGAUACACUGCCGAUUUUGCAGGUUUUCCCACUUUCAAAGCAUGUAGAAGUCUAAUUUUUAAUCAUAGGUACACUUCAACUGUGAGUGAUGGAAUCUAAAACAAAAAUCCAGAAAGUCACAUUGUAUGAUUAAGUAAUUAAUUUGCAUUUUAUUGCAUGACAUAAGUAUUUGAUACAUCAGAAAAACAGAACUUAAUAUUUGGUACAGAAGCCUUUGUUUGCAAUUACAGAGAUCAGAUGUUUCCUGUAGUUCUUGACCAGGUUUGCACACACUGCAGCAGGGAUUUUGGCCCACUCCUCCAUACAGAUCUUCUCCAGAUCCUUCAGGUUUCGGGGCUGUCGCUGGGCAAUACGGACUUUCAGCUCCCUCCAAAGAUUUUCUUUUAGGUUCAGGUCUGGAGACUGGCUAGGUCACUCCAGGACCUUGAGAUGCUUCUUACGAAGCCACUCCUUAGUUGCCCUGGCUGUGUGUUUCGGGUCGUUGUCAUGCUGGAAGACCCAGCCAUGACCCUUCUUCAAUGCUCUUAGUGAGUGAAGGAGGUUGUUGGCCAAGAUCUCACGAUACAUGGCCCCAUCCAUCCUGUCGUUGUCCUGUCCCCUUUGCAGAAAAGCAUCCCCAAAGAAUGAUGUUUCCACCUCCAUGCUUCACGGUUGGGAUGGUGUUCUUGGGGUUGUACUCAUCCUUCUUCUUCCUCCAAACACGGCGAGUGGAGUUUAGACCAAAAAGCUCUAUUUUUGUCUCAUCAGACCACAUGACCUUCUCCCAUUCCUCCUCUGGAUCAUCCAGAUGGUCAUUGGCAAACUUCAGACGGGCCUGGACAUGCGCUGGCUUGAGCAGGGGGACCUUGUGUGCGCUGCAGGAUUUUAAUCCAUGACGGUGUAGUGUGUUACUAAUGGUUUUCUUUGAGACUGUGGUCCCAGCUCUCUUCAGGUCAUUGACCAGGUCCUGCCGUGUAGUUCUGGGCUGAUCCCUGACCUUCCUCAUGAUCAUUGAUGCCCCACGAGUGAGAUCUUGCAUGGAGCCCCAGACCGAGGGAGAUUGACCGUCAUCUUGAACUUUCCAUUUCUAUUUUCUAAAAUUUGCGCCAACAGUUGUUGCUUUCUCACCAAGCUGCUUGCCUAUGGUCCUGUAGCCCAUCCCAGCCUUGUGCAGGUCUACAAUUUGAUCCCUGAUGUCCUUACACAGCUCUCUGGUCUUGGCCAUUGUGGAGAGAUUGGAGUCUGUUUGAUUGAGUGUGUGGACAGGUGUCUUUUAUACAGGUAACGAGUUCCAACAGGUGCGGUUAAUACAGGUAAUGAGUGGAGAACAGGAGGGCUUCUUAAAGAAGAACUAAGAGGUCUGUGAGAGCCAGAAUUCUUAGUGGUUGGUAGGUGAUCAAAUACUUAUGUCAUGCAAUAAAAUGCAAAUUAAUUAUUUAAAAAUCAUACAAUGUGAUUUUCUGGAUUUUUGUUUUAGAUUCCGUCUCUCACAGUUGAAGAGUACCUAUGAUAAAAAUUACAGACCUUUACAUGCUUUGUAAGUGGGAAAACCUGCAAAAUCGGCAGUGUAUCAAAUACUUGUUCUCCCCACUGUAUAUAUAAAUAUUUUUUUUAUUUCCUGGUUGUUGAUAACCUUGAUGAACACAGUUUUACUUGUGUGAUACUUCCAUGUAUGAAGUGGUUCCAUUGCACAGACCAGAAAUCCCACCUGUCUUUCAAACCCACGUAGGCAAGGUUUAAUGAAGCCCUGGAGCUUUUUUUGAACAAAGCAUAUACUUUAGAGUAAACUACAAAGCCUUCUUCAAGGUAAAUUGUCUCACACAGGACAGGACUGGCCUACUUCACUUGUUACAUGAUGUGGUUUUUAAUGGAAAGGUCUUUUAAGAAAUAGAAAGCUUGUUUCAGACGUGACCAAAAAUAUUGCUGAGACAAUGCUCCUGUAGCUUCAUCUCUGUUCUCUCUAAACGCUUGUUUUCUCACUUUUCUUUAAAUCUUGUAUGAAGUAUGGAUUUCCAUCCCUUUUUCAGAUAAGGGUGACUUAUGUUACAUUUCCAUGUUUUGUUAUUAAUUAAAUUAUUUAAGGUGUUGUUGGUAAAUUACAAAAGUGCUUUAACAAGGGUAGUAUAGUUGGUGCUCUUGGAGGUUUUAGAGGUAUUAAAUCAUUAUUAUAAAAUGAGUAUAAUGCUAUACUGGCUCAUUAAUAAAAUAUGAAGGCAGCAACUUGUUUAGCCUUAUUGCUGCUACACUAUAUUUGGGGCCUUAGGAUGAAUCUUGACUGAAUCAGUUUAAGCAAUUUCUCUUUCUUUCAUGCCUUUCGGAGAUAUAUUUCAUCUCUGUUGUUUCAUAUGUACUGUUAUAAACUUUUGAAGUAUUGUAGUUUUAAUUGUACACAGACAACAUGCAGCUAUAAACAUGAAAUAUCUUUUAAUUUACACCCUUGAAAUGUGUAAAAUGUGUGUUUAUUGAUAAAUAAACCCAAAUAAGAGUCA